AUGGAUUUGAAAAACUUGAUCUCACGCACGCCUGAAGAGGAGGGAGAGGUUGUACCUCAACCGAAAAGUAGAACACCGUCGCAACCAAGGUUGUCAAUCCAUAGUCUUAUGAAUGAAAGCACAAACAAUACUCUUUCAGAAAUUCCAAAACCUUCGAGCAUCGAAUCAGUCAAUGGAGAGCCCACACUGCUACAGAAAACAGCACCGUUUUUGCCAACGGAUUCAACUGGCAUUAAAACCGAACAACUAGAAGAAUCUGUCAAGGAAGAAGUGAAGGCUGAGACAGGAAAACCUAUCAUGCAAGCUCUGAACUCUACCGAAAGCCAAAAAGAAAUUGACAAUAAUCGUAUAAAGAGUCGCAGUAGCAUUAGCGUCUUAACUAAUGAUACUGAUGUCUCAACUGAGCCUAAGCCCCCUGUACCGGAGACGGUUGAAAGUGUCAGUGAAAGAGUUAAAGAAGAGAGGGAGGAAAAGAAGGAACUGUCUGCCGUAGUACAAAGUGCCAGUGAAACUCCACAGCUGGAGAAUAACAUUCAUGAUCAAAUAAAGAGACUUGAGUUGCUUAAGCAGAAACAGGAGGUUGAGGAAGAUGACUCUAAUAACGAUGGAAAGCCCAAGAGGUACAGGCAAAAACCUACUUGGGCUCAAGACUACAUCCCUACUAUAAACCGUCCUGCUGGUCUAACCAAAUCUGGACAAGGUAGUUUUAAAAAUGAUACCUCAGCUCGUAACAUUUCUAAGCUUGAGAUUCCAUCAUUAACAGGAUUGAUUCCUAGAAACGACUUCAAUAAGCUAGUCACAGAAUGGAUUUGGGCAAACAUCGAAGGUAUUAAACAGGAUUAUACUGAAGUUCCUAACAUCCAAGAUUAUAUUGAGCUAGAGCUAAAGUUAGGCAACAUUUGGGAUAAAGUAAAGGACACCCGUAUCCAGUUACCUGUAAACACAGAAUGUGUGGUUGCCACUGACUAUAUUAACCAGGAAUGCUUCUUCAAAGCAGGCAUCACUCUAGAUAACUAUAAUGACACAAAGGCGUACAUGAGUAAGAUCAUGCAAGAGGCAGCAGAACAACAACAGCAAGGCAGAGGCAAUGCCAAUAACAAGUUUGUGAUUGAGAAUUCACACGUUGUUGAUUUGAUUGCUAGCGAUUCCAGGAGGAAUGACAAGCCAAUAUCUGGCCGUGUUAGUUUGGACAUAAAGACCAAAAGGAAAACGAACAGUAUAACAAAACAACGUAUUUCUGAUUUGUUCUUAUACUUUCCAAAUACUCUAUACGAUUUGCGUUUAUCUCUGUCUGUUGAAUUGCCGAAUGAACUAAACGACGCAGCUUUUGAGAUUUUUAAAAAACGGGUUUCAAUGGAAAGAGAAAAGGAACGUAUUUCCUACAUUCACCAAGCCACAUUCACUAGAGUAGAUCUUACCAAAAUCAAGGAGAAAAAUAAUAGAAUACCUAAAUAUGAACUCGAAUUGGAAAUCAACACUAAUGCGCUACUUCGAAGCAUGGAUAACGUGAUGGAUGAUCCGUUGUAUUAUGUUGAUCUUGUGCAAGCCUUCCUUGAUAAUGGACGGCUAAUUACUAGACACUUGUCCCAACAACGCCAAUGA